AUGAUUUCAAAAUCGCCUGAGGAGAUAGCAAAUGGCCACGCUAGGAAUGGUGAGAAGAGGACAGGCAAAGUCUGGGCGACGCUGAUAACCCACGAAUCUUACCUGCCCGGCCUUCUCACCCUCAACUAUUCCCUCCGCAAGGCGCAUUCAACCUUCCCACUCAUCGCGCUAUACACCGACAGCCUACCAGAAUGGUGCCUCGCCGCCAUCCAAGCGCGAGACAUCGCCACCCGGCGCGUCGAAUAUAUCCAGCCGUCAUCAGGUCGGAACUACAGCGAGGAUCCGCGCUUUAUCGACACCUGGACCAAGCUCGCCGUUUUCUCAUUGACAGAAUACAAGCGCGUCGUGCUACUCGACUCCGACAUGUUGGUGUUACGCAACAUGGACGAGCUGAUGGACCUGGAUCUCGACGAGCCGGGCGUGGCGGCCCGCGGAGGCGCAGGUUCGAGGAGGGUGUAUGCGGCGGGGCACGCCUGUGUGUGUAACCCCCUUAAGAAGAAGCACUACCCCGCCGAUUGGGUACCGGAGAACUGCGCAUUCACAAAGCAGCAUAGGAGCCCCGAUAAAGCGCAGGUGUCAGGAGGGGGAUGUGACCUGAGUCCGCUGGGCAAUAUCAAUAGCGGCUUGAUCGUUAUCAACCCAUCCGAGGAGAUCUUUGCCCAGAUCGUCGAGUACAUGGAAAAGCAUGCUUCCCGAAUGCUUUUCCCAGAUCAGAGCGUGCUAUCAGAGCUGUUCCAGGGCAGAUGGGUCGCUCUGCCGUACAUAUACAAUGCGCUUAAGACAUUGAGGAAACCAGAGACGCACCAAGCAAUCUGGAGGAAAGAUAGGAUAAAGAACGUGCAUUACAUUUUGGCACCCAAGCCAUGGGACGAACUUGACAGGCACGGAAGAUGGACAGGAACAGAGGAGAGCCACAAGUGGUGGAUUGACACGAAUCGAGAAAGACAGGAGGUUGAGAGACGGGAGGCCAUUGCUGACGGAUUCUAG